AUUCAAGCAGAUCAGCAACUGUCAGAUCAGGAGCGAUACAAAGCCGUCGAGAACAGUGACGUCAGAAAGACGAUCACCCAUCAGUAUUACAUCACGAAUUACGGUCCAAGCUACCUUCCAAAGACCUACGUCAAUAUCACAGUGCCCGUUAAAAAGGGCAACAACGAGAUAGCGAAGAUAACCAAAAUGUCGCCGACAUGUAACGUUCAAGGAAACGAAGCACUCAUUGGUACAACUCUGGCUCCAACAACGUCGAUUACAACUCCAUUCGCAAAUACGCCCGGCAACCCAGACAUCCAAAGGAGAAGACGAGCAGUGGAUGAACCCGUAGCAAUGUCAUCGACUGGUCAGAAAAAAACUAUGAAGAAUAUUACGUGUUUGGAGUACGGAUGCAUCAUUUUGGAGUGUCUGGUGAUGAAGUUGGAUAAAAAUGGUCAGGCGAUUGUCAAUGUUACGAUUGAAGUAUUCGAAAAAGCGCUGGCAGCGGAAAAGGAUUUCAGCGAGAUUCGGUACACAACAAAUGCGACUGUUACAGACCCGGAAGUGUGGUAUGGUGGGAAGGUCGUACAAAUGGAAAAAACCGUAUACGCUACGAAAUGGACCACCUUUGUCAUUGAUGCCGAAUCGGUUAAGAACGAAGUAAACAUAUGGAUCAUCAUUGGUUCAGUAUUAGGAGCUGUUGUGCUUUUAAUCAUCGUUGGAAUAAUACUAUGGAGGUGUGGAUUCUUCAAGAGAAGCCAAAAGCACGACCAAGUCAAGAAAUGGAAGCAAGAUAGCCUUUACAAUCGCAAGAGCAUUCGUAUGUCCCAGGCGAAUAAGCAGAGCUACUCUCCUAUAGAGGAAACAACUGCCAAUAAUGGAUCAGAGAAGAAAACAGAAUAAUGAAUUAUAGUUAUUUUAUAGAGGAAACAACUGCUAAUGAAUCAGAGAAGCUAACAGAAUAAUUUGCAGAGUUAUGUGUGUUGAUUGUCCCAGUUAAGUGUCAUUUUGGUAAAAGACAUUUAGCAAAAAGAUGGUUUGACAUUUAUAAACGAAAGCAUUUUAACAAUCCUUAAGGGAAAACAACUGCCAAUUAAUCAGAGAAGAAAACAGAACAAUGUUGUAGAUCUAUUUUUGGAGCAUAAUUAGUUUUGUGUCGUUGGCUUUAUGGACAGUUUGGUAUGAUAGAGCAUUUUAUAGCUUUGUGUCAUAUACAUUUUGGUAUAAGAAUGUUUGCUAUUUAGUUACGAAUGUGCGUUGAAUUUAAAUAAGUCUUCCAUGAGUAAAUCUGAGUAAGUUGAUGCAAUUGUAUGAAGUUAUUCUUUUUACAUCUUCUGACACUGCUUUUGUAUAUUUACAGGUAACAUAAUUGUAUGCACAUUCUUGUUAUUAUGAUAUUUUGGACUUGUAGCACGCCUAUUGUUUUAGAUAAUCUUACUCAAUUUUCUUUUGUAAUUAUCUUUCUUAUUUUAUUGCGUUGUUUAAUAUUGCUUAUGAUACGAGCUGUUUUAUAUAAAAGUGUUUGCUAUUUGCAAUAUAUAAUUGUAAAUAUUUUGUGAUAAGUCAUUUGUAUUCUCUUGUCUUCAUCUUGUUGGUGCAAAACAUAAAAUGCUUAUAGUAUAUUUUCUUAUUUAGUUUUACGUUUGCUUUCAAGCUAAAUAAGACAUUCAACUAUAGAAAAUGUACCGUAAACAAGCGGCCGGGUUUGCAGUUGGUUAAACACACAAUUAUGUCGAGACGUUUAGUGCAUUAUUUUUGCAAGACUUAACUGAGCUAGGACGCGACAAAAAGUAAACUUCGUUAAUUUCGUUGCCGAAUGGUUGUUAAAAUUUCGAAAACAAAUUUGCACGAAGCUAAAAAAUGCAUCAUUAAGCAAAGUAGCUUUUCUUAAAAGAGAACGCGCGUUAUCUUAUUUUUUUUUUUGCAUUUCAAGACAUAUAUGUAUUCGCACUUACAAUAAACUUCUGUUACGACGCUUGCAUGGAAACUUUCGUUUGAAUGCAGACUCUCCGAAACGAAAAUCAGGUCAUGGCGUCGGAAAGUGUGGUCCCCGAAUACCCUGCUCGGCCUGCACAGGUUAAUCUGGUUCGACACUUUAUGUACAUGCAUAUAGCCCGCUAUUCCCAGUUAUUACAGCCAUCAUAUACAUGUAUGAGUUGGGAAUAAGUAUGCUUUACUUAUUUCGUACACUGAGAGACUAUUAUACUCGGGGUUAAUACCAUUAAUAAUUUAUUAUUAAUGACAUAUGUAUCGCUCCAAAUUGCAUGCUAACAGCAUAGUCUUCAAGCAAAACAGUAUACUCAAUUAUAUUUUGAAAUUGCCAUAAUUAUGAACAUUCCGUACAGUAAUUUUGAAUACCCUUUGAAUGUGACUGAUAUGUGUGUACAUAAUGUACAUUUCGUUCGGUCAAAAUAUGUGUAUGAGACAGUUGUCGGUUUAGUGUAUAAAUAUAUCGUGUGAUUUGUUACCACGACCUUUAGUAUAUAGUUGUACAAAUUGUGAAGCAAGCUGUAUAUUAAGCUGUGUUUUGAACAUAUUGUUUUCCGUUUAUUUCAUUUAUUUUCCUCGUCAAUGUAAGCUAUGUGUGGUCGAAGGCAUCCCACUCUAUAACACACAUAGUUUACAAGCAAUAUACGCAAUGAUAGCACAUAAUAUACACUCACAUCAAAACAUUUACCUUACAAUAUGAACAUAAUUUUAAAAUGGUUGCAUUUUGGGUUCAGUGUUGGUCACUCCUCGAAUGAGCUGUGCAUAUUACAUUAGAUGGAUAAGAAAAAAAUGUAAUUGAAGUUCGAAUAUGUCGACUAAAACGUGUACGUCUCCAAACACGUGGUAUACAUGGUUAUACGCACAAUAAGGUCAACACUUUUAAAUCGAUAGUAAAAUUUGUUUCGGUGAAAUAAUGUACAUUGAACAUAAGAGCAGUUUUCGUGUGAAUAAAUAAAACCGUGUUUCCUUGAACAAAAUGUUCAGUGAGACUAGUAUGUGUUUUGUGUUGUUGAGGUAUUGUUUUGUAAAUACACAGUUUGUAAUCCUAAUUUUUAGUAUGGUUAUUGAUCUGCUAUGUUAAUGUUUGUGCAAUUUGUCACAUGUUAUAUUUGUAUCAAUUUCAGUUUAUCAGCAUUUCAGUAUAUGAACGCCCGAAAUAUUGAAGCAUAAUAAUUGAACAAAGCUUUACGAACAAGUAGCAAAUAACAUAAAAUAAAUUUAAGGUGCCAUUAAUUUAAAAUGUAUUUUGUGUUAUGUCUUUUUCUAGGUAUUAUUAUGUAAAGACACUGUUUGUUAACCUUAUUUUUAGUAUGGUUAUUGUUCUAUUCUGUUUCUGAUUGUGCAAUUUGUAAUAUGCCAUUUAUUGUUUUCAGUUUAUUAGCUUUUUAUUGCCCGCAAUAAUGAAGCAUAAUCAUAACAAAUUCACAUAUAUUUUGUAAAAGAUUAUUUUCAAACAAGUUUGCGGCAAAUACAAAGUCAUCGAUUUAGACAAAUCUUAAUUUGUGGACAAAACAUUACAAACACUUAACAAAUAACAGAACAUAAAUUUGACCUGCCUGUUAUUUUAUCAUUAUUAUGUGUUAUGUGUUGUCUAAGUAUUAUAAUGUAAAGGCACUGUUUGUAAACUUAAUUUUUAA